UUUAGUUUCCUAAAAUCUUGUUCUCAUAUACGACAUAAUAUAUUUCGCAUGGAGUUGUUCUUUGCCGCUCAACUAAUCCGGAUGUAAAGUGGGAUCAUUGGAAAGUCUGGAGAAAUGUUCUAUUUUGGGUAUGUCUGAACGUCAUCGUGAGCCACAUGUUGUGAAUGCUGACGGGAGAGUACCGUAUUUCAAGCCAAAAUCAACAACAGGCAUUUAUUGGGGAAGGUUGCUGUACAAUGUGCGUUAUGUGAGUCGACAUUGGAAAGAUCGAAUAUUUGUGAAAGCUACUACUAUCGUACUUGUUUAUACCGUUGGGUUAUAUGCUUUCAUUAGGAAGUGUUAUGGCAAUGGACAUCCACUGAAUCGUUAUCAGUGGAGGCAAAUGAAGAAGAAUGGCCAAUUAAGCGAAGAAAUGUUGCACAAAGAAGAAGUUGUUCAAAAUUACAUGAAAACGCGAUUCAAUAAAGUGUAUGAGAAAGAACCAGUUUAUUCUGUACGAAGGCAAGGUCCACCUGGAGUGUUAUGA